AAGACCACAACAGCAAUCGUUUGGGACACGUCCGCACCGCUCCCCACCCACACACAAACAGCAAAGCAAAGAGCAAAAAACAACCGUGAUAACACAGCCUUGAAGAAGUGCCACUACAACUGUUUGUCAAAUCCAACAAGAAAGAGCUGCCGCAACGGAGGUGCAGCUUUUCUCUCAUGUCCGACAACGAUGAAGAGAGCAAGCGCCACCAAGGACAAACAAGAAAGGCAAAGGACUCGUACAGGAGAGGCCCACGAGAGGCGCGCUGAGGCCCAGACUGGCACAGACAGGGAAACAGACAGUUCCGACGAAGCGGCGCAAUCAAGGGAGGCUGUGACGACUGGCGACAGCAGUGACCCGAAUAAGGCAUCGACUAGCAGCAGAUCCAGCUCACCGGGGGGCGAACCGGCUACAUCAGAAGAGGACGCAAAACCUGCCCAUGGCGGGACUUUCCCCAACCCAACUACUUUUGCAGAGCGAGUUAUGCAUAUUCUGGAGAACGCAAUAGCCCCCAAUGCAAUGUGGUGGUUACAAAAUGGGGAAGCUAUAGCCAUCAAUCCGGAGGUCUUAAGUAAUUGUGGAGUUCUUGCAAGCCAUUUCCAUGGCAACAGGUUUGCUACGUUUUUGCGGACUCUGACCCGAUGGGGGUUCAAGAAAGUGCCAGAUCAUGGUCAGCCGGAUAACAUCAUCGUUCUGCGCAACAGUCUCUUUCAAAAAGCUAGACCUCAGUAUGUCCAGUACAUGAUGAUGGACAGUGAUGUUCAAGAUGUCUUCGACGAGCACCAGAGAAAUCUGGCUGGGGGGGCACCACCCGCAGCUGGGAUGAUGUCCGAACAGGCUGCCUCCACCCAGGCAAGCACCGCGGCUCAAUCGGACCAAGCAGAGGAGGAAAAUGAGAGCCCGAGUCCUCCAGACACAGAGACACUUCAGAUGCAAGCAAACGCCUUGUUGCAGAGGUUCAGCGGUCAGCAAAAAAGUCAAGCUACGCCAGCGACAGUCAACCUGGCUGAUUCGUCAAACCAGGAAGCCACUGGGGCGACCGGAACCGCUAGUACUGGCGCCGCUCGACCCGCCCAGGGCUCGGAAGACCCCACAAUAGUGGCUCUCCGUGGGCUGCUGCAACACACUGAACACUUCCUUAAUGUCUCCUCGCAGAGUGACCCCCAACUGUUGCCAAUGCGGACUCUUCUUCAGCUGGUUUUAUUGCUUGGGAGUAAUCACUUGCAGAUCCACGGUCAGCAACUGCAACAGCAGCGGUACGCAACUGACGCAGCGGCUGCUCAACAGCUUGUUCAGCAGCUUGGCCAGAUGGCAGGUCAGCAGGCAACGCACCAUGCCGCUCAAGCGAUGCCUAUGCAGGCCCUACAAGCGAUGCCGGGCGUGUUUCAGUACAUGCAACAAUACGGAGUGCAAGCUCAGCAACAGGCAACAAUGCCACGACCCCAGCAACCGAUGGCUCACCCACAGCCGCCGCAACCCCAGCCGCCCAUGGCACAACAGCCUACGUUCCAGCAACCCUUUGUUCAACCGGGUACACAGCAAGCCUUCAUGAGUCCAGAGUCUUUUGCCGCUAUUCUCCAGCAAUCCCUGCAACAAGUUGGACAGAACCUGCAGCAGCAGCAACCACAGCAAGCCUUGGCAAUGGCGAACCCAGAAAAUCAAGGAAUGGCAGCAGGGGCGGGUGUUCCGCCUGGUGCCCCGAUGCAACAGGUACCACAACUACUUCAGGUCCUAUUGCAAAACCAACAGCAGCAGCAACCGAAUCCGCCUCAGCAAUCACCCCCGGGACCUCAAAAUGAAGGACCCGGAUGUUCCCAGAGUUGAAAUUGGCCCUCUUCGACGUGGGUAAGCGACUUGCAUCGUCGGGAACGGGCGGCUUACAUUCGUACUUCUGCACGUGCAUAAUACACACCUUUGACAGACCAGGCAUCUUCGUGCGUAGCCAAACAGCAAAGCCCUUGUGCGGAGGCUCCAACGCUGGUUCAAGAUAGGUACCACUGUAUUUGUUCGAACCUUAUGAGCAUUGCAAUGGGCAGUGUUGCUAUUGGCCACGUCCAGCCAGAAUUAUUUGGACAAUGGGACUGAUUGAAUCAGCCAGCAGUGAAGCAUCGAGGGUAGGGGCUCGGGGACGUCCCUACAUCAGCAGCUUGCUGCAUAAUUCAUUCCCCUUGGGGAACCAAAGGAAGUAUGGAGAUAGCAAUAUGGGUACUCGACUUUUUCAUUUUAUAACAAGGUUCACUACCUUUC